CUUUGAACGUGGAUUCUUACCAACUGAUUCUCAGGCAUCAUGGGAAGAAAUUGAAAGAAGUUAUCAGUGGUGGAGUUCUGACCAACGCGUUACCAUGAAGAAGCUGUCUAUAAAAUACCUUAGCGAAGCCGCUAAAGAGAAUGUCCUCAAACCUUUCGUGAAAAGCAGUCUAAAAGAGGCCGAGCAGUAUCUGAGCGAUAUUGAAACCCAAAUUCCUAAGCAGAUCAAAGCUGACAAGAUGAUGGUUGAAGAACUUUCUGACGAAAAGCGCUCAGAAGAAGUGAUUCAAAGAACCUACCAACCAAUUCUCGACGACACAUUAAAUAUCAGAGAGAGGGUAGCAUUUUUUGGGCUAAGAGAAGCUGGUGCAGCAAAUAUCUGCAGUGAAUGGCUGGACUGGAAUCAAGGGUCACGUUACCUCGGCAAGGGAGAGUUUGCCACUGUGUACCGGGGAAAAAUGACAAGGCAUGGAGAAGAACAAGAUGUUGCACUAAAGGUCUUCCAAGAAGUCCGCCUCGCCAAAACUGCAAGCCGCGUCAUUCAGGAGGCAAAUCAGUUGAGUAAACUCAACCACCCCCAUUUUGUCAAGUUUUAUGGCACUGCAGUUGUCAAUGAAAACGACGAUGUAAAGGCAAUUUUAGUAAUGGAGCUGUGCAAAGGAAACCUGCAAAACUACUUCGAAUCUAACCAAACAUUGGUCCCAGGACGAUCUGCUAAUCGAAAACACGUACCUCAAGCUUUCAAGUGGGUGAUAGAAAUAUGUUCUGCUCUUGACUACAUACACAAUGAGAGAGUAGUCCAUAGGGAUCUUACGCUAGAGAAGAUCUUGUUAUCAGAGGACAACAGAGUGAAACUAUGUGAUGUCAGCGUUUGUAAAGAAGCAGAUUCCAUCACUGGGAAGUUCAAGGGAACUCCUCGAUACAUGGCACCUGAAGUCUUCCGUUCCGAGUUGAAUGAUUCCAAGGCAGACAUCUACAGCUUUGGAAUAAUGCUAUGGGAAAUUUGGUUUGGACGACGAGCAUUUGCUGAUAUUGAUUUUGAUUCAUCAGACCCCCAAGACUUCUUCAACUUGGUUGGUGAAGGGUCACGUCCAAAAGAUGUCGAAGACUUGAAGAAGCCUCCACGCCUCUGGAAAGAGCUCAUGGAAGAGUGCUGGGAUGGAGACCCAAAAAAACGUCCGACAGCUAAGAAAUGUGAGCAAAGAGUAAUCAAACUUUCUAAUGAAUGGAGUGGUUAAUUAGGAGAGCCAUUCCUCAAAUAGUUUGUGAAUGCCACUGCCUAUCAUUUCUUGCUCGUGUUUAAAUAAAAAGAUCGCUUUUUUUUCAUUUUUCUAACGUCAUUCCAGGGCCAAUCAAUUAUGCCUUGAUAGAUGGGUAGUCGUUGAAUUUUGUUUUUACCGCCUUAUGCGAGAAAUUUCUGCUCUUUCUUUUAUGAAUGCCUAUAUACCCAAGCUUUAUUUCAGUCUUAUAAAUCACCUUUGAAGCAUAGGUAAACAUUAGAUGAAGAAUGACUUUGCACGAGAGGCAGAAGCGGGAGUAGCUAAGAUGCUGAAAUGAUCAAUUCAUUGAUCAGUUUGGGCAUGCAAGGUGUUGAUAUGGAAAGAAGAGUAACAAGUAAA